UUGCUUGAGUAUUGUUUUUGUUGUUGCUACCUAUUAUAUACCGCCUGAUAACCGGAUAGUGGGUGACGAUUGUUGGUUGAUUCGCUCGCUAACUGGUCGGUCGGUUGUCUCUGCAGCAGCUGCCACUGUCACCGCUGCUACUACUGCUGCUGUUGCUCUGCUGCUGUUGCUGCUGGCUGAGCGAGAUGAAUUUUGAAUUCAGUUGCUUUUGAAAUGUUCGCAAAUACAGACGCUUUAAAAUGAUAAUUGUGCUUUUCAACGGAAAUUUGUGUAACGGUAUAUAGUAACAACAGUCAGUAACUUGUCUCAUUCUAUUGUAGGUAAUCGAUAUGGGCAAAAAUGUAUAAAUAUAUUAUUUUUAACAAAUUUGUAUAAAAAUUGUCAACUAAUGUGUGAGUUAUGUACUAAGCUUCCAGAAUGAAAGGACUUAUGAAUUUGUGAAAUAGUAUAUAAAAAGGAAAAACACAAAAGAAACUCUAAAACGACAAAAUUUACAUUAAAUAAAUAUCAUAACUGUUAAAUACACGAAAUUGUGCAUUAAAAAAUUAAAAUUUCAAAGCGCUUGCUUUGCAAAAACAAAAACAACUUCAAUGUAACACAAAAAAGCAGCAAAUUGUCAGCAACACAAGCGUAUAAAUAACAAUCAAACGCAAGAGAAACUUGGUAGCAAAUACAAAAACAAUCACAAAUACGUCGAAAGAGUAGUGAAAGUGAAAUAAAAUAAUCAAAUCAGCAUUCAAGUAAAUGUCAAAAGGUCAACUGUGUGCAACACCUACUUUCGUGUCAACAAACAGCUGCUAUCGGUGUAAAGCAGAAGAAAACAUUUCCUUUCUACAUUUUUUUUCCAAAGAAAAAGUGUUGCUAAAGAGAAAAUAAUUUUAAUUAAAAACAAACUAAAGUAAUGUUAAGUAAAGAUCUGCUGCGAGCAGCUUGCACUAACUAACACACAAACUCACGCCCACACUUUGUUGCUGUUAACUGCACAGAACGAAGAAAGGUCAGUUAAAUAAAUUUUCAAGGCAUACAGGUGAACUCUCUGUGUGUGUGUGUGUGCGCGCGCAUUGAACUGCGCCUCCAUUGUGUAUUUGUAAGGAUAUUUUUAAGGACACGCUGUGCAAGUGCAACUAAAAAUUGCUGAUAAGACACUCUCAAUGGAAUAUCUGCCAGCUAAGAAACGUGAACGUGAACACAUGACAAAGGCUCUCUUCGAGACAGUUCAACGCUUAAUUGCUGACCGCGUUUGCAUGACUUAAUUAAGCUGGUGUUAAAUACCAAACUUAAAAUACAUACACCCACAUACAUAUAUAUAUAACACUGUGCGCCAAUUUCGUAAACAACAACAAGUGCAACAAGGAGUCAAGCAACAAGAUAUGCUGCUGAACUAAAGAGAUGCAACAGUGAGCCGCCACAGGGUGCCAACAAAACAAAUGAGCGCCAACAGUGCGGAAACAUAAAUCACAAAUAUAUAAUGUAUAAGUGAAAAUUAGCAGCAACAACAACAACAACAGUAUUAGAUAGUAAAAUUUGCAAGCGAAGCAAGUGGCAAUUAAAGUGACGGCAAUUACUUAUUUAUAUGCAUUAAAGUAUACAUAUAUGAAAGGGAGAGAGGAUAGCAGAAGUGAUCAAAAGGAAUGAGAAAUUGAGUUGCUGACAUAAAUCUGAAUUUUAAAUUUGUGGAAACAUUUUUGGAACAAAGUAACUAAAAACAGCAAACCAGAGAGUUAACUAGCGACUAGCAACCAUAGAAAUAACAACAACAGCUACAGUAUUCCAAAAACUGUCUAAUUUAUCUAAUUUUUGAUCCUCAGAGCAGAUCAAAGAAAUUCUCCACAUUGACACAUUUACCAACAAAUCUUGAUUAAGGCUUGAAAAAUGCUACAAAAACAACAAUAAACUAACUUCUCGUAUUAAGUGAAAUUUAAAAGAGAAUCUAUAACUAGAAGAAUAUAAAACAAAACUGAAUUAAACAAAAACAACUUCAAAUACGCAAGUAGUGUAUUUUAACAACAACAACAACAAUCUGAAGUAAACAGACAAUGAACCUGGAAAAUUCUGAAAAUUAUAUAAAAUUUAAUUAAACUAAAUUAAUUUAAAUUUAAUGUAAAAAUCAUAACGAUAACGGUAGUUUUGAAAAAAUCAAACCCAACAACUUAACAAAAAAUCUAAAUCUAAGCUGUGAAAACCAGCAAAGUAUAUUCUUCAACCCUACAUUAUCGUAAGCAACAUAACACAUCAUAACAGUAUGGAUAAGAAAAAUAAAUCAAAAGCAAAAUCCAAACCGAAGCGUUUGAAGCCGAACAAGGAGUCAAGCACUGCACUGGAUGUGGAUCUGUGGGAGCAAAAUGAGGAUCGUUUCACAACCGUUGAACUGCCCGCCAGCGCUAAAGUGCCAAACAACAACAGCAACGUCUCAGCUGCAGCCACCACAAGCACCAAAACCGGCGGCAAUAGCGGCACCAGCAGCACACAACACAGCAAAGCCAUCAGCAUUAGCAUUGGUGGUGAUGGUGGCGGCGGUGAUGGACCAGGCGUACCAACCGCCUGCGAACCCAUCGAUGUAAUCACAUAUCCACCGACCACACCAACCACACCGGCGACCAAAGUCGCCAUCGGCGGUGGCGAUUCCGGUGCUGCGCUGAUUGCGCUCGACACCGGCGAUCCCAAUGAACCGGAGCGUGGCAAUUGGACCGGCCGUUUCGAUUUUCUACUCUCACUGCUCGGCUACUCGGUGGGACUGGGCAAUGUGUGGCGCUUCCCGUAUCUCUGCUAUAAUAACGGUGGCGGCGCCUUCCUCAUACCAUUCACAAUAAUGUUAAUUAUCGCCGGUCUACCGCUGAUGUUCAUGGAGCUCUCAUUCGGCCAGUAUGCCGCUUUGGGGCCUGUGGCCAUUUAUCGUCGCUUCUGUCCGCUGUUUCGUGGUCUCGGCGCUGGCAUGGUUAUCGUUUCGGCCAUUGUAAUGCUCUACUAUAAUUUGAUUAUUGCCUGGACAAUAUUCUAUAUGUGCGCUUCAUUUCGGCGGCAGUUGCCAUGGCAGAAUUGUGAGACUGCUUGGAGCACUGAAAAUUGUUUCUCCUACGAAAUGGCCGAUCAAUGUGAUGCCGUUAAUGGCACAUUCUACUUGAGAACUUGCUAUAACACAAGCUACGCCGAAGAUCAUAAUAUCACCGAGUUGGCACUGCAUGCACUGAAACGACCACCAGCUGAGGAAUACUUCACUAACUACGUGCUGGGCUUAUCUUCCGGCAUUGAAGAAACUGGCGGCAUAAAACUCGAACUGGCCGCAUGUCUGUUCGUCGCUUGGGCUAUUGUAUUCCUGUGCCUCUGCAAAGGCGUGCAAUCUUCCGGCAAAGUUGUCUACUUUACUGCGCUUUUUCCCUAUGUUGUAUUGGUUAUACUGUUCUUCAGGGGUGUAACACUACCCGGCGCCAUGACGGGCAUAUUAUUUUAUUUAACACCAGAUUUUAAGCAAUUAGCCAAUGCGCAGGUCUGGGGCGACGCUGCUGUACAAAUAUUCUUUGCGCUCAGUCCUGCUUGGGGUGGUCUGAUAACACUGUCUUCGUACAACAAAUUCUCAAACAAUUGUUAUAAAGACUCUUUAAUCGUCGCCAUUUGCAAUAUAGCCACCUCGUUCUUCGCCGGUUUGGUCAUCUUCUCGAUCAUCGGUUUUCUAGCGCACGAGCUAGAUGUGGAAGUGAAAAAGGUAGUCGAUCAGGGUGCUGGUCUGGCGUUUAUAGUUUAUCCAGAGGUAGUGACACGCCUACCAGUCUCGCCCGUUUGGUCGGUGCUCUUUUUUGUUAUGCUACUUACGCUGGGACUGGACUCACAGUUCGCACUCAUGGAGACCGUUACAACUGCCAUAUUGGAUAAAUUUCCGAAUUUACGACAAUACAAAACAUGGGUUGUGCUUUUUGUUGGUAUUUUUGGUUAUCUAGGUGGUCUCGGUUUUACCACGAAUAGCGGCAUGUAUUGGCUGCAACUAAUGGAUAAAUACGCUGCGAAUUGGUCUGUGUUGCUUAUCGCAAUCUCCGAGUGUGUUCUAAUCGCUUGGAUUUAUGGUUCACAGCGUUUCUUGAACGACAUACAGGGUAUGAUUGGUAAAAGAUCGAAAUUCUGGAACUCAUUUUGGUCGGCAAUGUGGCGUUACAUAACCCCAGCAACACUAUUGUUUAUUCUGUUCUUUAACUGGGUCGAAUACAAGCCAGCCUCUUAUGGACACUACGUUUAUCCCCUGUGGGCUGAUGCAGUCGGUUGGUUUAUCGGACUACUACCGGUACUAUUUAUAUUCCUAAUCGCCUUCCAACAAAUUUGUAAAGCACCAAAACAGCUGAGCAUCAAGGAGCGCCUAAAGCUCUUACUACGUCCCACCGCCGAGUGGGGACCAGCCGGAAGACCAUGUGUCAAUUUACAUGCCGAACGCUACGAUAGUCAAAAUUAUGAUGUCGUGGCCAAUACACAAGUACUUAUUAAUGGCUUGCCGACCGAUGUGUCACCCUAUGAGGACAACAGCAAUGGUUAUCGCGACGAGGCGAUGCAACUCUGAGAGCGAGUGAGCGCAUCGUCGACGGCGGUGGCGGCAAAAACAUCCACUGCUGUUGUGCGCAUGAGUGAUCACGUCGAUGAGGGUAUUGGUCUGCGAAUGGGUGGUAAUGGUGCCGGCAAUGGCGCGGGUGCUGGUGGAGGCGGCGGAGGUACUACUGUGACGAUUAGGAAUGGCAGUCAUCCCGAGUAUGGUGCAGCUGUGGCUAUUAAGACAUCCAGCUCUGCGGUCACCACAAAACUACCGGGUCCAAGUAUAUUGAAGGGCUCGAAGAGUAAUCAAGUAGCCAGCAAUGGUCGCAACAAAGCGCAAACUCAGCCCGAGGCGAGUCCUAGCCGUCAACCGCUAAUCGAGUCAGAGUUGCGUGCCAACGAUAGCGUCGGCUCGUUCCUGAAUGAGGCCGCCGCAUUGGCACAGCGUAAGAUGCAAGCAAAUGGUCAUUCCGCCGAGGUGGGUGAUAAAAUUACGAAAGUAACUGCCAGCAUUAUAUUGCCCACGAAGCCGGCAAUAACAACAACCACAGCCAGUGUCGCCACGAGCACAGCAACAACAAAAGUGCUAGUCGCUGGCACAAUGAGCAGCGGCCGCGAACGUAUGCUCACCACGUUUGGUGAACGGGGCGUUGUGCCGGGAGCGGAAGCAGUAAGCGCAGCAAUAACAACGCCAAAAACAACAACAGCAACAACAACAUUAAGCGCAGCUGCAACAACAAAAGCUGUGACAACAACCGCUGCAGUAAGUGUGGGAUCUAAGCCGCUAACUGGAGACAUUAAGUCGCAUGCUGUUGCUAGUAUGCCACAUGUGGCAGCAACCACAACAACAACAACUGCUUUGGCAAAAACUAUACAGCCCACGAGCGUUGCAGCAACCAAACCAGCAGCAUUAGAUUUAAAGCACACAACUAUGAUGACAAAACCUGCAACAAUUAUAGCAACAACAACAACAACAACUACAUCGACCUUCGCUGGCAAGUUGACAACAACAACUAGCACAGCUGUGACAGCAACAAUUGCUAAACCCAAACUGACUGCUACACACACACCAACAACCACAACAGUUGCGGUAUCCGUUAAGGCGCCAAUUAUUGCAGCAACAACAACAACAACAGCACCAACCACAGACAGAAGUGUCAGCGCUGCAGGUACAGCGAAGCCAACAACAGCAGCAACGACCGCAACGUCAGGUGUUGUAAAACCUACUGCAACCACUACACAAAAAACAAUAACAACAACUACACCUACAAUUACCACUACAAAAGCAAUUACAACGUCAACAGCACAAACGGCUGCUGUUAAAAGCAACGGUGUUCCGCUGGCAGCAGCAACGGUUCCGAAAACAACAAUACCAACAACGGCAGGUGCCAAGUCACUCACAGAUAGUAAGCCUGUCGCAACAACAGCACAAACCGCUGCUGCUGCUAAGCCGCCAACAAUAGUUUCAACAACAACAGCAACGAUAAAACCAAUAGCAAUUGUUGCUGGUGCUGCUGCUGCUGCUGCUGCUGUGACACAAACGAAUAAACCACCAAUCACAACAACUACAACAACAACUGCCAAAGUGUCAGCCAUUGCUGUCACAACCCCAACAACAACAAAACUAGUUACCAGCACAUCUUUAGCUACAACAACAACUGCAGCAAGUGUUAUGCCAAAGCAUUCGACAGCAGCUUCAACAACUACAAUAACAACAGCAACUAAAGCAACAACUACGAAGCCAAACCUUGUUAGUCCCACGUCAGCGAAUGUCGUUAUCGCACCGAUGCCUGCUGCACAGCCGACAAAAAUUGCCGCCACAAAAGUGAUCAAUACAACAACAAAUCCCAUCACCACAGCUAUACAAAAGCCGACAGUGUUGUCAACAACACUAACAGCAGAUGCUAAAGUGCCAGCAAUGACGGUGGCGGCAACUACAACAACAACAGCUAGUGGUACCACAGCGUCUGUAACAAACGCGACGGUGGCAAUCACCAAAACAACAACACCAACAGCAUCAACGCCGGCAUCAAAAAGUGUGAGCGCCAAUGCGGCAACAACACAAUCCGUUAGUGCAACAACAAUAACAACCGCUGCAGCUACGGUUCCCAAAGUCACUACCAUACCAACAACAACAACAACAACAACUGCUGCUGCCAAGUCAGUAAUUACUACUACCGUUGGCAGCACCGUCACUACAGCUACUACAACAACAAUAGCUACAACCACCACCACAAGUAAUGUCAGCAAAAAAUAA